GAGCCGGCGAGCAUUAAUAAAUCUCUAAGCCGAGGAGGCAACUCUGGCUGGGGCAGUGCGCGCAGCUCCGGCGGGGUGUUGCGUGGAACGGCGGCGCCCGAGCGGGUGGCGGCAGGAGCAGCCCAGCUAGCAAAACACACUAGAGGCAACAAACCGAGGGGAACCCUCUCUCCCGUAAACACACUCCCCUCCUCGGCCACUUUCCCCGGGGGGCCGCGCGCCUGCCUGCUUUGGAGCCGGAGAAGGCUCGGACUGCUAUGUAACGUCGAGGCUGCGGGAGGAGAGGAAGGAAGGGGUGUGGGGAGAAGAGGAGGCUGGGGCCAAGUUUGUGGCCACUUCGACAGGCGCCCUCUUAGCCCUCGCCCGCUCCUUCUUGUAGCCUGGUUGGCCUGGGUGCCCUUGGCCUUCCUUCCCCAGCUCCCCAGCUGCUGCUGCGGUUCCCGGCGACAUGGUGACGAUGGAGGAACUGCGGGAGAUGGACUGCAGCGUGCUCAAAAGGCUCAUGAACCGCGAUGAGAACGGCGGCGGCGCGGGCGGCAGCGGCAGCCACGGCGCCCUGGGGCUGCUGAGCAGCGGCAAGUGCCUGCUGCUGGACUGCAGACCGUUCCUGGCUCACAGCGCGGGCUACAUCCGAGGCUCGGUUAACGUGCGCUGCAAUACCAUCGUGAGGCGGAGGGCCAAGGGCUCCGUGAGCCUGGAGCAGAUUCUGCCGGCCGAGGAAGAAGUGCGCGCCCGCCUGCGCUCUGGCCUCUACUCGGCCGUCAUCGUCUACGACGAGCGCAGCCCGCGCGCCGAGAGCCUUCGCGAGGACAGCACCGUGUCGCUGGUCGUGCAGGCGCUGCGCCGUAACGCCGAGCGCACAGACAUCUGUCUGCUGAAAGGUGGCUACGAGAGGUUUUCUUCCGAGUACCCAGAGUUCUGCUCCAAAACCAAGACCCUGGCAGCCAUCCCACCACCUGUGCCCCCUAGUGCCACUGAGUCCUUGGACCUGGGCUGCAGCUCCUGUGGGACCCCACUACACGACCAGGGGGGUCCCGUGGAGAUCCUCCCUUUCCUCUACCUCGGCAGUGCCUACCAUGCUGCCCGCAGAGACAUGCUUGACGCCCUGGGGAUCACAGCCCUGCUCAAUGUCUCCUCGGACUGUCCCAACCACUUUGAAGGACAUUUCCAGUACAAGUGCAUCCCCGUAGAAGACAACCACAAGGCUGAUAUCAGCUCCUGGUUCAUGGAAGCCAUCGAGUACAUCGAUGCCGUGAAGGACUGCCGAGGGCGAGUGCUGGUUCACUGCCAGGCGGGCAUCUCCAGGUCAGCCACCAUCUGCCUGGCCUACCUGAUGAUGAAGAAACGCGUGAGGCUGGAGGAAGCCUUCGAGUUCGUCAAGCAGCGCAGGAGCAUCAUCUCGCCCAACUUCAGCUUCAUGGGGCAGCUGCUGCAGUUCGAAUCCCAGGUGCUCACCACCACCACGUCGUCGUCGUGCGCGGCGGAGGCGGCCAGCCCUUCGGGGCCCCUGCGGGAGAGGGGCAAGGCCACGCCCACGCCCACGUCGCAGUUCGUCUUCAGCUUCCCGGUGUCUGUGGGUGUGCACUCGGCCCCCAGCAGCCUGCCCUACUUGCACAGCCCCAUCACCACGUCCCCCAGCUGUUAGGGCUAGCCUCGGGAACACUAAGUCAUCCAGGGUUGGCACCCCCCCCCCCCCGCCACGCCAGCCAGGGUUGGACAAGCCACACUGUGGGCAGCAAGUAGGGACUGACUGAUCAGUGGGGUGGGGGGGCCACGUGACCACGCUCCGUCCUCAUCCAUUUCUCCUUGGCUAACCAACCACAGGGCCAGCUAGAAUGGCAAUAACGACUUCGAAUACACCUUAAAAGCAAACAAACAAAACACUCCAACCUAGAGCAAUAACGGCAGCGUCCGCGGCCAGGGAAGACUGGUUUAUGUGUCGGUUUUACUUUGCAGGUAGAUAUUUACCUCAUUUUUUUUUUUUUUUUUAAAGCAGUAAGGCUUGAAGUUAUGAAGUCCACAGAUCCUGGCAAAUGUGCUCAACCAAUUUUAUUAAGUAGAGAGGGAGAGAGGAGGAAACAAGUUUUUGCCGGAAGUGCCUGGCUGGCUGUGCGCUUGUUCUAAUACUGUCUUCAUAGGAAUUUUGUGCUAGGUACUUCUAGGCCACAGUAUUCCCUUCUGAUUAGUCGUCAACUGAAUAUUUAUGCUGAAUGAGAACUUCUUUAAGGUGUGUGAGCAGGAGCCUGGUGAUGUGGAUUUGGAAUGUAUUUCUGUUGAGGGUCACACAGUAGAGCACAGAAACGCACAGGCGUGCUAGCAAGGAGGAAGUGAGUGGUUGGUGUCUGGGUUUCAACCUGGUCGCCAUCCUGCAUUAUUGCCACCAAGAAACAAGCAGGGUGAUAGGCAAGGAAAAGGGUCUGUGGUUGGUCACUAUGACAGCUGGUUCCUGGACACACUGACCCAGGCACGCACGCUCUUCCCUCCAGUGACCCAUUUGGUGGUGGCCAGAGCGUUUUCUUCCAGCUUGCCUAGCUAGGAUUUGGAUAUUGUCUGUGACAAAUGCCAUAUUUCAAGAGGUGCUCCUGGAAAACUGGGUGCCAUUCAGAUUUUCCUACAGUGAGUCAUUUGGCGAGGCCCCCAUCAAAGCCAGCUCACUAAAGAUGAACUAAAAACAAAAAAAACAAAAAAAACAACGAAUCCUUUUGUAAAGUUGAAGUGUACCAUCCUCUCUCUCUUGGAUAAAUUGGAGUUUUCAGUUUUAGGCAUUUACUUGAAGUAUACCAAGAAAUUCUUGUUAUUAAAUCCCUGUUUGACAAGUGAAUACUUACUUUCAAAAGCCCUCUUGAAUAAAAAGAUAAGUGUUGGCCGUGACUCGGGGCUGCUUAAAGUAUGGAAGGGUGAGAGUACCAGUGGUGGGGACCGGCUGCCGGCUCCUGUGAAAUGCAUCCUGGGUGACUUAGCCGUUUUGGAUUCUGACCGGGUUAAGGCCAUAUUUAAGGAGCCUUUCCAAAUGGAGGAAUGGCUUUGGAGGAGUGAGUGUGUUUUCUGUGGGGAAGGCUUGGGGUGGGGGAGGGGACACGUUCCAUCUGUAGUGCUGGGGAAACAGUAGUGUGGGGUGCCAGAUUAGAGGUCACUGAAGACGUGUCAGGAACGAGAGCAUGGUUUCUCCCCCUUUUGAGAGUCUAGAUCUCAGUGAACAUUCUUGAUCACACAUAAAUAACUUCAAGCCUCAAUGUCACAAUCACGGUGGAAUGCUCUUUUCUCAUCCAACAUCCCAGCUAGCCCGGGUUCAUUACAUUUCCUUCUGUGAACUGUGAACCUGUGUUGGCAUGACCUGUAUUGGUGGCCUGUGUCAAACUCUGCCUUCGGGUGAGUCUGGAGUCCUCACUUCCUGUUUGUAGAAAAAGGAGGGUGCCCUGCUUCCCUGACGCUGCUGCCUGGCUGAAGGCAUGAAGGGGCUGAGCUCCCCGAUGGCUGACCCAUCAGAGAUGGUGGACCCUAGUUGGAUGGUCCUACCUUUCCCCCUGCUUCCUGGCAGCUGCUUCAGGUUUGCUGAAGGAUUAGAUUAGAUGAGUUGUAUAGCGAGACAAGUCCUGGGUUCCAAGAAUGUAAGGCCUUCUGGGGGGCAGAUAGAUAGCUUUUAGACGACAUUCACUUUUUAUAUGAGUGUGUUUGCCAAAUGUGGCCUAGUUCCCAGACUGGAUCCCAACCACACAGGCAGUGGGAGCUCCAGAUGUCCGUCCCCUGCUUCCUAAUUCAAGCCUUCUAUGACAAUGUCAAGGGGCUAUUUAUAAAGUCAUUUUCUUUGUACUUGAUAACAGCAUGAGACCCAGAACUCUUAGAAAGAAAAUAGGACAUUGGUUUGAUUGAAAAAAAAAAAAAGGGAGGGGACCUUAAAAAACUGUUAUUCUCUCCCCAGUGGCCUCUUUGAUGGCUUGGAAUAGCUCUAAUGAAGACCCUGUCCCAGGGUCAUUCCAAAUGGUUAGUUUCAAAAGACAGCAUCCCGUCCAUGAACUGAUUUCUGGUGAUGGGGCAUUUUUGGAAUGGCAGAAAGCCAUUGAGUAUUGGUCAGAAUGAGGAACACACCCAGUUCUCCCCAGGGGUCUUGUCUCAUCCAUGGGUGUUUGUGGGGGAGUCUGAAGGUUGAAGUCCAUGUGAGCAGGUGGCUAGCGGCUCUCAGCUUCCUUCUCCCCGAGACCUCUGCUUGGCUUUCAGUCAGGCUGGGGAAGCCAUGAGGAGUGACUUGGGAGAGUGACUUGAGAGAGUCCUUGGGAAGGUGGGAAGAGGGAGGGAAGAUUGGGGGUUAAUCCCAAGGGGAAGGGACAGGAAACCUGUGGUAACGAUACAAUAGUUAUUAGUUGUCCAUCAUAGUCACCUGGGCAACCUUUAAAAUCCUCAUAUCCACGUGACCUUGACCAAAUAAACCAGGACUCACGUGGGUGGGACCCAGGCACCAAUACGUUAACAGUGUUCCUAAGUGCUUUCCGUGUGCAGCCAAGUUUUGGAGAUGCAUUGCUUCUGGAUGGUGAAAUUCCCACAGAGGUGAAACAGGAGCUACAGCUGUCCCACUCUCCACAGCUGGCUGAGGGCUGAGGUGGUUUCUUUGGGGGAGCCCGAGUGGGAACCAAUUUGCGGAGCAUUGUGAGUGGGCUUAAUAUAGUGUCUGGGUGUUGAUGUAUUCCCGUAAACUUUGUCUCCAUCGAGAAAGAUGGAGCCAGUCUGUGUCUGUUUUGGAGUCCUUCCAGUGCCCUGCCCUUUAGAGCUCAUGAAUCAUCCAAAAGACUUCAGAAAGGUAACAAUGCAAUACUUGUUAACUUGUGUAAAUAGCCCAUCUUUCUGAGUGGUGUCAUUUCUACAUUUGAUAUGCCUGUAUUUCUGUAGGAUGUACAUAGUUUAGGGGAUUUUUGUUUUUUAGAAGAGUCCAACAUGUCUGUUUUUAUUUAUUGCUUGAAAAAGAUCAUUUGAAGAAAAAAUAAAUACAUUUUCAACCAUU